AUGGAGAAUCCUGGGUCGACGCCGGUUGGGUUUGAUGUGAAUGAUUCGAUAGACAUCAAUGAAUCAUUGGUCCCGGUGAGGGACCCUAAGCCCGCCAGUCAGAGCAGUAUCUCUUUUGAUGGGCUAUUGUCGAGCCCUCUACUCCUGCAGGAAGAUCUUAAGGAAGGGUGUGGAGGCCAGCUAUGGCCAGCGGGGAUGGUCCUGUCUAAGUAUCUGCUACGUCAACACCACUCUAAGUUUCUCAAUAAAACGAUAGUUGAAUUGGGAGCCGGCGGCGGUCUCGUUGGACUUGCAGUUGCACGGAGAUGCCACCCUGAGCUCCCACGCAUAUGCAUUACAGAUCAACCUCCCAUGUUGCCGCUGAUGGAAACGAAUAUAAAGCUCAACGGUCUUUCUUCUGCAGUCGAAGCUUCUGUAUUGAACUGGGGCGAACCCCUUCCAGACUGCAUUCCAAAGCAUCCCGCGAUUAUACUCGCCGCUGACUGUGUCUACUUCGAACCUGCCUUCCCUCUCCUAAUCUCAACGUUGAACGACCUCCUUGGACCAGAGUCCGUCUGUUACUUCUGCUUCAAGAGGCGUAGACGAGCAGAUCUCCGCUUCAUGAAACAAGCAAAGAAAAUGUUCGAGGUUGACGAGAUUAAGGAUGACCCUGAUAUGGAAAUCUACCGGCGAGAGAAUAUUUUUCUCUACGCAAUUCGUUCGAAAUCAGACAGGGGAUGUGUCUAG